AUGGACACCGAGUAUUCCAAGAGAGUGUACCAGGGCGUUCGAGUCAAGCACACAGUCAAAGACCUGCUGGCAGAGAAGCGAUCCCGACAGACCAGCGGGCCGAGAUACGGUGGGGAUUCAACAAGUCCACCUUCUUUAGUCCAGUUGUCAGGAUCUCAUAUGUUGCCAAGCUACUAUGGGAUGAGACGCCCCUUCGUGUCAGACCCAGACCUGGGUCCAUCCACCAAGCAGUUUUCCACAGAGGGGUACCCAGCCACCUUCGGAGGCAGACCUCUGGGCUACGACUCGUCUAGCUUCUCCUCACUCAUUGAUAGCUACUACCCUGACACCUUCACCGAUUACCGAAGCAGCGCCACCUUCUCCGCCUCUGGAGGAUCUUUCCUACCUUCCUCGCUGUUGCCGCCCUUCGGUGGAGAGUCCUCACAUUUAUACGCGAGAGACACAUGGGAGCAGUCAGUUCCCGAGUCGGUUCCUCAGGUGGAGACCCUCUGUCCAGACAACAUGGCCUCUGUCAGCGUUCCGGAAGCACAGCCAAGCCAAGGCUCGUCCACGGGCUCAGGGUCCUACACGCUGCAAUCCCUUGAGGAUAAUCACUACCACCUUCUAGCCUCCAGCAACACCUCCUCCUUCCCGUGUCCUCCUUACAUGAACAGCGACAUGGUGUCCAAGAUGGCGGCGGAGGAGGUGACGGGCAGCCUCCCCAGCCUCCCUCCUGGUGUGGAGGCACACACUUCCUGGGAAAAGGAGGAGGAGGAGGAGGGGAGCUCUUGGUCGUCUUAUGAACUCAGAAGAGCUUUCUGAUGCACGUGUAGACAUUUCAUCGGCACUUUACGCAGCAGAUGGAUGGACGUUUGUUUUCUUCAUCAAGAAGACCGAGAACGCACACACGCAGGUGUCAAAGUCAAGGUCGCAUCAUUUUAUGUGGCAUAAUAUGUGUCAAUCCUGCUUUUCACCUUUUCCUUCCUUUCAGUUUGACAGAAAUCUUCUACACACAAAAUAUUCCAAGCAUUUUUUUCUCAUCCAAAAUAAAUGCUUGUCACCUUGACAUU